AAUUUUACAAAUAAAUAUAUUUAUUUAGAAAUGUUAAAUAUAAAAAAUAUUGUAUAAAUAUAAAACAAUUAUAUUAUUGAUAAAAUUUAAUAUAUAAAAUAAAAUUUUGUUUUCAAAAAAUAUUUCUAAACGGUCUUUAAUUAAAUUUAAAAUGGAAAUUGAUUAUAAACUUUUAAAAGAAAUAGAUUGUAAGCAAGGAGCUGUUAGAGCUGUACGAUUUAGUGUUGAUGGUGCUUAUUGUUUAACUUGUGGAUCUGACAGAAAAUUAAAAUUAUGGAAUCCUUAUAGAGGUGUUAUUUUAAAAACAUAUGAAGGACAUGGAAAUGAGGUAAUGGAUAGUAGUGCAUCUUGUGAUAGUAGUCAAAUAGUGUCUUGUGGAUUAGAUAAAUCAGUUAUUCUUUGGGAUGUAGCAAGUGGAACUCCAAUACGUCGUUUAAGAGGUCACGCAGGUCCUGUCAAUACUGUAAGAUUUAAUGAAGAGUCAUCUAUGGUUAUUUCUGGAUCAAGAGAUAAUUUGGUUAUGUUAUGGGAUGUCCGUUCUAAAAUGUUAGAACCUGUGCAAUGUUUAAAUGAAGCUAAGGAUUCUAUUUCUAGUGUUAGAAUAUCAAAUCAUGAAAUUUUAACAGCUUCUUUUGAUGGAAAAAUACGCAGAUAUGAUAUUCGUGUAGGUGAAAUAUAUGCAGAUUAUAUAGGAGAUGCAGUAAUAUGUGCAAGUUUUACAAGAGAUGGUCAAUGCAUAGUAGUUAGUUCUGCUGAUGGUGUAAUUAGACUAAUAGAUAAAGAUUCAGGAGAAUUACUUGGAGAAUUCACAGGUCAUGUGGUCAAUAAUUUAUGCUUAGAAUCAAAUGUUGAUAAUCAAGAUACUCGCAUUAUUUCUGGAUCUGCAGAUGGAAAAUUAUGGAUAUGGGAUCUGGUUUCUCAGAAAGUAGUUGCAAAACUUUCAGGAUUUAAACCAACAAAACAUCCUAUGGUAUCAUUAAGUGUUCAUCCACAAAAAAAUUAUUUUUUAGCUACUAAUGGAUCAAAUAUAUUAAUGUGGACUACAUCAGUAUAAAUAGUAUAGUAUAGUGUAUAUAUAUAU